AUAUUGUACACAUAUCUGUGGCGGGAGAGGUUGACCAGAGCAGGUUUUAAUAACCUAUGUCGUUGUUUUAGUGGUUAAAAUAGUGUCCAAAUAAAGUAGGACAGCAGAAAGAGUUGUGACAGUGAAGGUCUUUGCUGGAGGACAAAGAUGGACGACUUCGGAGUUUAUGCAGCGUUUGGAGUAAACGGUCCGCCUCAGAGGCUGCUGAGUGCUGACGGGUCCAGCCGAGUGUCUGUUGCAGUCCCCCCGUGUGUCCGCCAGGUGGUGCUGUUCAGCAGCGGGCCGUGGGGGGAGAGGAUCUGCGUCAACGCGGAGCUCAACGAUGCUGACCGGAUCCCCAUCACUAUCGGAAAACUGACUCCAUAUAACAAGUGUCUGUCCUGGGAGCAGUGGGAAGAGGAGACAUGGACAGACAGCGUCACACUGAAUGUCGCUCUGGAAGGAGGAAACCUGGUAAAAGCAGAUUGGUCAGAGCCUGAGCUCAUCCUGGCUGUGAAGGAAUACACACCUAAGGACACCAUGGCUCCGCUUGCGGCCCGCGAGCUCAAUGGCAAGAGGAAGAGGGAGCGGGUGUCAGAGGGAGACGGCGACGAGAAUAAGGUGACGAAGAGAGGGGAAGAUGAGAACGUGUGUCCAAAUGGCGCCGUGGAGAAGACCACACCUGUGCGAAAGGCCAGAGGUCAAACCAAAGGUGGCCAGAAGCUGUUCAGUGGUGGAGGAGAUGCAACAAAGAUGAAGGGAGCAGGCGAGAGAGGCAGCGUGCUGUCUAAUGGAGCAGGCGAGGCGCCGGGGAUUGUGGGAAGAACGCCUCCUCAGAACGCAGCCAGGACGAAGAGUAGGCAGGCCAAGACUCCCACACACACCGCCCCUCUGGUCAGCCCGUCAGGCCGCUGGGGUCAGACUCUGUGUCCCAUCGAUGCUCAGACUGCUAUUCUGAUUGGAGGGCAGGGAGCCAGGAUGCAGUUCUGCAAAGACCCCAUGUGGAAGCUCUGCACAGAGGACAUGUCCUGGGUUGCAGCAGAGACUCUGGCAGAGGGUCCAACACCCGAGGCUAGGAUUGGCCACACGGUCGUCUACGACCCAGACUCAAAGCGGAUCUUCGUGUUUGGAGGCUCUAAGAACAAGAAGUGGUUCAACGAUGUUCACAUCCUUGACACACAGAGCUGGAAGUGGACCAUGGUGGAGGCUCAAGGGAAGGUUCCUCCUUUGGCCUACCACAGCUGCAGUAUGUUUCGAGGGGAACUGUUUGUGCUGGGAGGAGUGUUUCCUCGUCCAAACCCGGAGCCAGACGGCUGCAGUGACUCGCUGUAUAUCUUCGAUCCCCACCUCUCCAUCUGGUACCAGCCUAUUGUAACCGGCGACACCCCCUCCCCCCGCUCAGGUCACUCUGCAUGUGUGAUGCAGGAGAGGAAGAUCUAUGUGUUUGGUGGAUGGGACACUCCUGUCUGCUACAAUGACAUGUACAUGCUGGACCUUGGUCUGAUGGAGUUUUCUGCUGUAAAAACAACUGGGAAAGCCCCCUCUCCUCGAAGCUGGCAUGGCAGUGCCGUGCUCUCAGACACAAAGUUCCUGAUCCACGGAGGUUACAACGGAAACAACGCUCUCAGCGACACUUUUGUCUUUGACAUAGACACCAACAGCUGGACGGAGGUGACGCUCCCGCAGCUCUCUGUCCCCAGGGCGGGGCACUCCAUCAUCACCAUGAAGACAGCCGGACACCACCGUUUCUCAGAGGAGGACGAAGAUGUUGACACAAGCUCCGUCAACCGAACUCUGCUGGUGUUCGGAGGCGGAGACAAUGAGGGCAACUUCUUCUCCGACCUGACGACGCUCUCUGUGGAGGAGCUGCUCCAGGCUAUUUGAAGCGAGUGAGUCAGAGGUGAAUCCUUACUCGCUGACUGGAUGUGAACACCUACAGACUGACUUUUAUAAUUUAUAUUCCUAUUGUUUGUCUUUUGUUUCCUUUCGUUGUUUCUGCCCUCUCUUCUUUAUGGUUUUUAAAGGGUUUGAAAUGUUAGUAUGGGAAAGUUUAUCCUCAGGUAAAAUGUAUUUUUAUUUUUGAUUAAUUUAACAGUGCCUUUUCUUUUACUUCAGUAGCCCUGAUAUUUGGACCAUGUUGUCUCUGGAUAGCUGCAAGUGCUAUAGUGGGGAGAAAAAAAAUCACAAUUCAUGUUCCUGUGCUGUUCCGUUUUGCACUUGGCUUCUGUCUUUACUUAAUAAACAUCUUGUUUUCUACACCA